AUGGCCGCCGGCGGGGCGGUCGAGCAAAGCUACCUGGUGAGGCGGGCCGACCCUGAUGAUGUGGACACCAUCGAUGCGCUGUACGACCGGCUCUAUGGCGAUGGCAACUUCUCAGAGGCCCUCGCCAUCUUCCACGCAGUGGACAAAGGCUUCCUGACCAACCAAGACCUCCGGGUGAAGUUCCUGCUGUCCCUGGUAGAGACUUCUUUCAUGUCCGUCACCGUGGAGGACGAGGAGGGCCACGUCGUUGGCUUCGCGGUCUUGGACGACACGCCACUCCACCUCUCCGCCUCAGAGGCACGUGCUCCAUGGCUGGAUGCCAACUGGCCCUACAUCAGCACGUUUCUGUGUCCCAUAUUCUUCCUGCUGCCUUUGGCCUUGAGUAAGUCUCCCCGACAAGCUCUUCAGAACCCGUAUGUCCUGGGAUGGCUGCCGGUGGCAUUCUACUGCUGGCACCAGACGGAGGAGCAUGCCCACGACUUCCGCGGAUGGCGCUAUUCCUUCGUCCCAAACUUCAAUCACAGUGUCGGGGCCCUCCUCUUCCAGAGUUGCGAAACUAUCGGACACUUGAGCUGCCCACUGAAUACCCGCAUAACUCUUUACGUCAACGUCAUGGUGGUGUGGGUAGGGUUCGUUGGAACCAUGGUCUCUGCCCACUACUUGGGAGGAAUCGUCAACUGGGGCAUGAGCGUUGUGAAUGCUUUUGCGGGCCACCUGCUUCCUUUCCUUUUCAUGGGCUACAACCCUGGUGCUUUCCAGAGCAUUUUCAUGUUUCUCUUCGGCAUCUAUGCCAUCUCGCGUGGUGGAAGGCGUCUUGCAGCAGCCAGUAUCGUCAACGGUGUCCUCUUCCAUAUCAUCACAUUCGGUGUCGGCACGAAUCUGGUUCUCGUCGCCCACUGGCCACAAGAGCUGAUGGCUGUGCUGAGCGUCGUCGGCACUUGGCCCAUGCCUCUUCUGGUGGCGCGCUACUUGGCGCCAAAGCAGUACGACAAGCUGGAGGACCUGGACGACUCCGAAAACGAGGAGUCACCGUGA